UAAUUUAUUUCAUUUAAAACAAUAAGGAAAAAAAUUAUGUAAAGUUCUGAUCAAGUUUGAAAUGAUCAUCAGGAUGCCGGCCUAUCAACCAAUCAAAGAGGGGAUCGUCGGGGAGCAUUAAGCAUUCAGGAAUUAUUGUUUAUUUGAUGAACUUGUCAUUGUCAUGCCAGCCGGUGCGAAGGGGUCUAAAUAAUCAGCUGAUCCGCUAAGAAUUUCAGUUUCAUUUCAUAUUUAGUAAGCUUAGCCAGAACAAGCUUUUUUCCUGAAAAUAUUUUGGAAAACUUGGAAGCUUGCGAAAAAUAUGGAACAAAUCUUUAAAUUUGUUGAUGAACAUCAGAAAGAUUAUAUUAAUGGAUUGAAGGAAGCUGUAGCUAUCAAAAGUGUGUCAGCAUGGCCUGAUUAUCGUCCUGAAAUAAACAAGAUGCUGCAGUGGGCUGCCAAAAAAUUAGAAGAGGAAGGUGCUACUGUUACUCUAGUUGACAUUGGUAAACAAACACUACCUGAUGGAAAGAUAAUACCUCUGCCUCCUAUUUUGUUAGGAACUUUAGGAAAUGAUCCAUCUAAGAAAACAGUCUGUGUGUAUGGGCAUCUUGAUGUUCAGCCAGCUUAUAAGGAAGAUGGCUGGAAUACAGAACCUUUUGUACUGACAGAGAAAGAUGGAAAGCUUUACGGUCGCGGAUCGUCUGACGAUAAAGGCCCAGUUUUAGGCUGGCUUUAUGCAAUAAAUGCAUACAGAAAGACUGGUAAUGCUUUGCCUGUUAACUUGAAGUUUUGCUUUGAAGGAAUGGAAGAAUCUGGCUCUGAAGGACUGGAUGAUCUUGUGUAUGCGGAAAAAGAUAAAUUUUUUAAGGAUGUUGACUACAUUUGUAUUUCAGAUAAUUAUUGGCUGGGUAAAAGCAAGCCUUGCAUCACUUAUGGAUUAAGGGGUGUAUGCUAUUUCUGCAUUGAAGUUACAUGCGCUUGUAAGGAUUUGCACUCAGGUGUUUUUGGAGGGGCUGUACAUGAAGCUAUGAAUGAUUUAAUUGCUCUGAUGGGUUCGUUAACUGAUGCUAGAGGAAAUAUAUUAAUUUCUGGAAUAAUGGAUGAUGUUGCACAGGUGACUCCGGAAGAAGAGAAACUUUAUCAAAAUAUAGAUUUUGAUGUGGAAGAGUUUAGAUGUGAUGUAGGCUGUGAAAAAGUAGUUCGAGCAGACAAAAAGAAAACAUUAAUGAGAAGAUGGCGAUUCCCAUCUUUAUCAUUGCAUGGGAUUGAAGGAGCUUUUAGUGAAGCAGGAGCAAAAACAGUUAUUCCUGGUAAAGUUAUUGGAAAGUUUUCUAUUCGAACUGUACCGAACCAAGAUCCUAAAAAAAUUGAACAGCAGGUUAUAGAUCACCUGCAAAAAGUACAUGCUGCUCGAAAAACUCCCAACAAACUUAAAGUCUAUAUGCUGCAAGGAAGUAAAGCCUGGAUGAGUGACCCAGAUCAUCCACAUUAUGUAGCUGGAAGAAAUGCUAUGAAGAAAGUGUUUAACGUUGAGCCAGAUUUGAUAAGAGAAGGUGGAAGCAUUCCAGUUACUCUUACCUUUCAAGAGGCCACUGGCAAAAAUGUGAUGCUAUUGAGUCUUGGAGCAUGUGAUGAUGGGGCUCACUCACAAAAUGAAAAAAUGGAUAUUUACAAUUAUAUCAAUGGGAUUAAAGUGCUGGCUGCUUAUAUACAAGAAGUAUCUCAGAUAUAGGAGAAAAUAUUCAAAUACUUAGUUUUAAAAUACUUUAUUUUUCUUAAUUUUACAAAUCCUUUUGUCAUGAAAUUAUUUUUAAAGUAUUUUUAUACCUAAAAAUACAAAUAAAAUUAUUUAUUA